AUGGUGAUCUACCUGGAGAACUCUAGCAAACCCACCAAGAAGAUGAGAUUUAAGCAAACAACACAAGCAGAAACAGAGAGAGAGAGAGAGAGAGUUCAAAAACGUACUCCAAUUCGAUCUUCAAACCGGGCACCCAGCAAAUUCUGUGGGAAAUACGAAGGCAACACAAACCCAAGAGGCUCAAGCAUCGGAGUUUUGUUUCUCCUUCAAUUCGGAAUUAAUCUGGGUUAUUCAUUGGAACAAUUUCAAGCCAUUUACGGAAAUGUAAGCUAUGGCCAGCUUCCCUAUGGAACUAGAGUGUACACACUGCGCAUUAGACCGAGCUAUGGCCAGAUCCCCAUCAGGAUGAGCAAGCUUAUUUCGAUCAACUAUUGGAUACAAAGCUCCAUGUAUGUAUAUGUAUAUGUUGGCAGAAAUCGAUUUUGCUGCCUGUUUUUGUUUUGGCUCUGUUUCUCGAUUACAUAUUUGGCCACCAAUUAUCUUUGGUCCUUCUCUGUUCUGGAAAACCAUUAUAUGCCCAGAGAGCAAUGGCAAAAAGAAGACGGAGUUUUCAUUGGUUAGCUAAAGAUUGAUGAGACGGAGUUGUCAGUGGUUAGCUAUAUGUCAUUGUCGUGCAAAUUAUGUAAAUCCCAAGUGAUUUAUAGCAACUUGAAAAGAUAUGUUUCUAUCAAUUGAAUUGUUUUUUUUUAACAAGAACACGUAUUAAACCUAAAUAUGACCCUUAAAGCAUGGUAAAGGUACUUGACUGGAUAGUCUAUACAAAGGGAGUUUGAUUGAGUAAUCAAAAGUGUAAAAUCAGUACGUUAAAGAGCUACUAAAAAUUAAUGGAUUGUCAAAUUAUCAAAAUGGAAUAUGCAACGCCUUGCUUAUGCUGUUAGGCCUCAGGUACAUGAAGACUUAUGUACUGUUUUAAAUAGAUCUUUAUUUGUUGCAUUUGUCUCAUUUCUUCCAU